AGAAACAUGACAGAGUCCACACAUGUGUGUCAUCGUUAAAAACUUACAUCGUGAAGAGAAGAAAGGAAUCUUCUGAUUUCAUUCUGAGAAAGAUUCUGAGAUCUCUCUCUCCCUCUCACACACACGCCUACGUGCAGCAACAGAGAGAAAAUGGAGAGCGACUCAGUGAUGGUACCGUUCCCACUGUUACCGGUUCCGAUAGAAUCAAACUACAGAGCGUGCACCAUCCCUUAUCGAUUCCCUUCCGAUAACCCCAGGAAGGCUACUCCCACUGAGAUCUCUUGGAUCGAUCUCUUCUCCAACUCCAUCCCUUCUUUCAAGGAGCGUGCAGAGAGCGAUACAUCUGUUCCUGAUGCUCCUGUUCGAGCUGAAAAGUUUGCUCAAAGGUAUGCUGAGAUUCUUGAGGACUUGAAGAAAGAUCCGGAGAGCCAUGGUGGACCACCAGAUUGCAUCCUUCUAUGUAGAAUCCGUGAGCUGAUACUCAGAGAGUUGGGGUUUAGAGACAUAUUCAAGAAAGUUAAGGAUGAGGAGAAUGCUAAGGCUAUAACACUGUUUCCUGAAGUCGUCCGUUUGAGUGAUGCUAUUGAAGAUGAAGGAAAGCGCAUAGAGAAUCUUGUAAGAGGGAUCUUCGCUGGAAACAUCUUUGAUCUCGGUUCUGCACAGCUUGCGGAGGUAUUCUCAAAGGACGGGAUGUCAUUCUUGGCUAGCUGUCAAAACUUGGUUCCACGGCCAUGGGUCAUUGAUGACCUGGACAACUUUCAAGCUAGAUGGCUCAAGAAGCCCUGGAAGAAGGCUGUGAUAUUUGUAGAUAACUCUGGUGCAGAUAUAAUUUUGGGUAUUUUACCGUUUGCUAGAGAAAUGCUACGUCAAGGAAUGCAGGUUGUGCUGGCUGCUAAUGAGCUUCCAUCUAUCAAUGAUGUCACUUACACCGAGCUUGCAGAGAUCUUGUCAAAGCUUAAGGAUGAAAAUGGACAGCUGAUGGGUGUUGAUAUCUCGAAUCUUCUGAUUGCAAAUUCAGGGAAUGACUUACCGGUUAUUGAUCUUGCAAGAGUAUCACAGGAGGUUGCCUACCUUUCAACCGAUGCAGACUUGGUCAUCUUAGAAGGCAUGGGACGUGGAAUAGAGACAAACCUUUAUGCUCAGUUCAAGUGUGACUCCCUCAAGAUUGGAAUGGUGAAGCAUCCAGAGGUAGCACAGUUUCUUGGAGGACGGCUUUAUGACUGCGUCAUCAAAUACAAUGAAGUUCAGAGUUGAUUGUAUUCCACACCCUUACCAUUUUUUUCUACUGAAUCAAGCCAAACAGUUUAUUAUAUUAAAAACUGUUUGGCUUUGUAAGUUUUAGUUUAAACUCUCUACUCUCUCUGCAAACUCAGAUAUAAGACUUGAAAACUCUUUCAACAU